AUGCCUGUACUGUUUUCAGAUAUGGUUGUUCCGAUUGAUGCCUCAAAUGUUGAUCCACCUGAGAUUGAACCUCCUAAUGCGUUGCCGCUUCUUUUACUUGAAGACGCGCAUGAUUCCGGUAAUGCCAAAUCCGAGAAUCCCCCACCACCACCACCAAAACUUGAAAUUUCUCUAGGUGGUUCGAAAGCAGAGGAUGCUUCUCCUCCUAUUCCUUCUGUUGUACCACCUUCAGUUGUUGCUGUUUGUAUCGACCAGCGAGAACAUUUUACUGCUAAACACAAGUUUGCAACACGGAAUGAUUUGUUGGAGUGGGUUGGAGAGAAAUCUAGGAAGCUUGGUUUUUCCACUAUUAUUGGUAAAUCCGAUAACAGUGGCAAUGGAAGAAGCGCAUUUGUUACUUUGAUAUGUGAAAGGGGAGGUUCAUACAUCGAGUACAAGAGAAAGAGUCGACGUGAGAUAGCUGGUUCGGUUAAAUGCGAGUCUCCGUUUCGGCUGAGAGGUUACUUGUUGACCGGUGGUGAAUGGAGCCUCAAAGUUAGUGAUGGUAAACAUAACCAUGACAUGACAGAUGUGUUGAAAGGUCAUAAAACCGUCGGUCGUCUAAACGCAAAUGAACGUGUUCACCUUGAAGAGAUGGUGGAUUCAAACGUUCCUUCGAGGCAAAUGCUUACCAACUUAAAGAAGAGGAAUCGUACCAAUUCAACUACUAGCAAACACGUUUAUAAUGCUUCUUAUAGGAAGUAUCAUAAUUCUGAGGUUGUCAGUGAUGUUUUUUGGGCACAUUCAGAUUCUAUCAAGUUGUUUAACACGUUCUCUAGGGAUGGCAAUGGGUACUCAAUGGGUAGGACCCAUAAAAGCGGUGUUUUACCCUACCCAUUAUGGAUAUUUUUUGCGGAUAUCCAUUGGAUCUGGGUCCAAUUGCCAUCCCUAACGUUCUCCACGGUGCUUGUCUUCGAUUCAACAUACAAGACAAACAAUUAUCGUCUUCCAUUGCUUGAGUUUGUUGGUAACACCUCUACCAUGAAAACAUUCUAUAUUGCUUUUGCUUAUAUGAUAUAUGAGAGGCAAGACAAUGUUUAUUGGGCGCUUGAGAGGUGUCGUGAGAUGUUGCACUCCAAAGAUCUCUAUCCCAAAGUAGUUGUCACUGACCGGGACAAUGCUUUGAUCAAUGUUGUGGAAAAUGUUUUCCCUAAAGCUACAACUAUGUUGUGCUCAUAUCACAUUGGACAAAAUGUGAGAGCAAAGUGUAAAUUGGAUUGCAAAGUGACGGAUCUCAAAGGCAAGAAUGGGCAAGCGAUUAAGCAUGCGUCGGUGGUGAAGACUGUGAUGGCUGCAUGGAUGGAUAUUGUGGACUCCGACAUAGAGGAAGCAUAUAUUGAUAAUUGGACCCGGUUCAAAGUUCUAUGCGCAAAAUUUCCCAAGUUAUAG